AUGGAGGACGACUUCCGGCCCGUGGUUGACGACGGCGCCUCCGACGCAGAGAUGCAGCUCGGUGCCGACGCUGAGUCGCAUCUCUCGCAGCGGCGAACCUCGCAGGGCGGCACUCUCUAUACAUCCCCUACCUCACGGACCCGGAAACGAGGCCUCAUGUCGCGCUCGCAGCCCCGGCCCAUUCACACGCCCACCAGCCCCAUGUCCUCAACAAUCCCGCACAACCUGCUGCCCUCGGCGCCUGCGUCGCCGCCGACGCCCGCCCCGAGCCCGACGCCGCACCAGCGUGCCCCCGACUGGAGUACUGCCGCCGAGCAUGAGGACACCCAGGUCAGGGACAUCCGGGCGCUGUUCAGCGAAAUGAACGAUGCGGAGAAGCAGCGACUGUUGGGCGAGCUACUGAACAUGUGCAACAGCCACCAACUGAGCUUCGUGCACGACUUCGUAAGCCCAAGGUUGAAGAAGGAUCCGUUCCAAGUGCUGCCCAAUGAGCUGUGUCUACGGGUCCUGACCUUCGUUGACGACCCCACAACCCUCGCGCGCUCGUCGCAAGUAUCGAGACGAUGGUACGAACUUGUUAAUGAUGAUAUGGCCUGGAAACCCACGGCCUCUUCAGCUUCGUUGACGCCGGGCGGCUCACCGCAGCAGUCGCAUGCGUGGAGGCAUCCCCUCCGACCAACCAAGGGCCUAAUCUCGGGCUUGGCAGGAACGGACCUUAGGACACAGUCACUUGACCGCGCAGGAACAUCAAGCUCGCGGUCGACAGCACGCAAGAACAAGGCCAUGACAUACCGCUCGCACUUCAAGCAACGAUACAUGGUUGAGACGGCGUGGAGAUCGGGUGGUCGGUGCGACUCCCGGCAGAUCACGCCCGAUCAGGGUGUUGUCACGAGUCUACACCUCACCGACAAGAACAUUGUUGUCGCGCUUGACAACGCGAAGAUCCACGUUUUCGACACGCAAGGCCAGCACCAAAAGACGCUGCAAGGCCACGUCAUGGGCGUCUGGGCCAUGGUGCCGUGGGGAGACCUGCUUGUGAGUGGUGGCUGCGAUCGCGACGUAAGGGUCUGGAAUAUGGCCACUGGUGCCGCGGUCCAUACCCUGCGCGGACACACGUCGACCGUGAGAUGCUUGAAGAUGUCGGAUGAGAAGACGGCCAUCUCUGGAUCAAGAGAUACUACGCUUCGUAUUUGGGAUAUCGAGAGAGGCAUCUGCAAGCACGUUCUCAUCGGCCACCAGGCCAGCGUGCGCUGCUUGGAGAUCCACGGAGAUUUGGUUGUCUCUGGAAGCUACGACACGACCGCCCGCAUCUGGAGCAUUUCGGAGGGCAGGUGUCUAAGAACACUUACAGGCCAUUUCAGCCAGAUUUACGCCAUUGCAUUUGAUGGAAAGAGGAUAGCAACCGGCAGCCUCGACACCAGCGUUAGGAUAUGGGAUCCCAACGACGGCCGCUGCCUGGGUCUCCUGCAGGGCCACACCUCCCUUGUUGGCCAGCUGCAGAUGCGGGGCGACGUUCUCGUGACCGGUGGCUCUGACGGAUCCGUGCGCGUCUGGUCCCUCAACGAGUAUCAACCCAUCCACCGUCUCGCAGCACACGACAACAGCGUAACAAGCCUUCAGUUUGACGACACUAGAAUUGUCUCUGGCGGCAGUGAUGGUCGUGUCAAGGUGUGGGAUUUGAGGAAGGGCACUCUUGUGCGUGAGCUUAGUCAGCCAGCGGAGGCUGUGUGGAGGGUUGUCUUUGAAGAGGAGAAAGCAGUGAUCAUGGCCAGUAGAGGGGGUAAGACCGUCAUGGAGGUUUGGGACUUUUCGCCUCCAGAUGACGACGUGGACGAUUGCAGAUCCAGCAGCCCGCUCAGCGCCCCAGAAUACCGCCAAUCAACACCGGCAAUCAUGGCAGCAGACCCGACGGACGUUCCGAUGGCAGACGCAGGAGCGGCAUAA